GGAAAGUUGCAUCAUUCGGCAGAAAUACUUGGAAAGAAUGUAACAGAAGGGUUUCUUGAAAAGUUUACCAGCAAGGGUGGCAACAGUACCAAUGUCUGCCAUGCCGCAUACCACAGAUAACCCAGUCAACAUGACUGACUACGAGUACCAAUACUUAGACGAGGAGGAUUACAUCCAGGUAGUGCUUUGCACAAAGGAAAAUGUCAAGGCGUUUGGCAAGGUGUUCCUGCCAGUGCUCUAUACAAUAGUGUUUCUGCUUGGAUUGGCUGGGAACUGUCUACUCUUUGCCAUCUUGAUCAAAUAUACCAAGAACAAGAAAAUGACCGAGGUGUAUCUGCUGAAUCUGACCGUUUCAGACCUUCUUUUCGUGGUAACCCUUCCCUUCUGGGCAACAUACGCAGCUUCUCAGUGGGUGUUUGGGAAUGCCUUCUGCAAGAUCAUAAGUGUCAUCUACACCACCAACUUCUACAGUGGCAUCUUCUUCGUCAGCUGCAUGAGUCUGGACAAAUACCUGGAGAUUGUUCAUGCUUGGUCCAAUAAAAACUUAAGGGCCCCAAGAAAGAGCUUCCUUGUCUCUUCAGUGGUGUGGGUUAUUUCCAUAGUGCUGUCUAUUCCUGACUUUAUCUUCAUGGAGGUGCAGGAUUUCCACAACGGGAGACGAGUUUGCUACCCCGACUAUGGCCUGCACCACUCCAUCUGGCGUCUUCUCUUUCAAUUUCAGCAGAUCCUGCUAGGCUUCUUCCUUCCAUUCCUUUGCAUGGUGUUCUUCUACUCCCGCGUAGCUUGUGUCCUCACUGCGUUAAUGUCUCCUGGCAAGAAGAGAGCUCUCCGCCUGGUCGUUGUUUUGGUGGUAGUUUUCUUUGUGCUGUGGUUCCCAUACAACGUUACCCUCUUUCUGCAUUUGUUGCAAAACCUCCAUGUGAUUAAGGGUUGUGAAACUAGCAAGCACUUGGACUAUGCUAUGCAAGUGACUGAGAGCCUUGCCUUUAUUCAUUGUUGCCUCAACCCCGUGCUGUAUGCUUUUGUGAACAAACGGUUCAGGUUACACUUAAAGAAGAUUUUUGGGGCCAUCUUCAGGAGGCAGGAUUUCUUUGUUCUCCAGCUGUCUGAGACAAGUCGUUCUUCUAGUAGGUGCACUGACCACGUAGAAAUGAAAAGCAUUACGAAUGUGUAAUGAAUAUUUAGAGAAUUUCGUUGCUAUACAUGUUUUAUUAUCACAUAUUGUAUUGUUUCCGGCAAUGGAGUGAUGUAUGGAUAAGUAGUUGGAGCACAGACCUGGGAAUCACAAAAGGCCAAGUAUUAAUCCCAGCUCUAGCAUUGACUCCCUCAGUCGUUUCGGACAAAUCACAACCUGCCUCUGACUGAGUUUCCCAAUUUGCAAACUCAUGGGGAUGGUAAUAAUUUGUUGGGAGGAUUUUUCUAGAAUGGUGUAAAUAUGGAGUAAUCCCACUGAAGUUGGGAGUCAUUUUGCAUUUACACCGGUGUGUCUGAGAGCAGAACCUGUCCCUGUAAUCCGUCACAAUGAGGUUACUCCAGCAGAAUGGAAUUUGGCCCUGCAACUAGAGUUACAAAGGGAUUAUUCUGGAUUAAUACUGGUGUAACUGGCAGCUAAAAUUUGCCUGAUGUUUGUAAAGCAUGUGGGCCCAGAUCCGGACCUCCAGAGUAUUUGGGCUCCUAACUCCUAUUGAAAUCAAAAUCCCCUAAAUACCUCGGAGAAUCUGGAUUGUGGCGCAAACUGAAUGUGUGAGGCAGAGUGGCCUCCCUCCGUGCUUGACAGGGAGGAAACACUCCACACCUCCUGACUGGGGAGAACCAAGCCAGCCCCGUCCCUGUGCUGGAAGUGGAGGGACAGGACAGGAAGUAUAAGAGGAAGGCCUUCCAUCUCAGUUGGGCUGGAGCCAGACGUCUCUACCUCGCUGAGGAACUCUGGACCAGAGACCGAGCUGUGCAGUGCUCCAGGAAGAGACCAGCUGAGGAGAGGAGUUGCAUGGGACCACUGUCCACUAUUUACCCCGAGGAGACUGAAGACCUAUGGAUGAUGGAGCCACACCAAGGAAGGGUGGUCAGAAGUAGCCAAGGGGAACCAGACAUUAGUCUGGCUGUGUGGCCAGUAAACGAGUCAGCAUGUUUCGGUGACUUCCCUGCUGACCCAGUGGUGGGACCAUCCACCACUGUUAGGGCCCUGGGCUGGGACCUGGUGGAGUAGGGGGGCCCGGGUCCUUCUACCCCCUGCCGCCAACCCCACCCCUGAGGUGUGGGCCUACUCACCCCAGGCCAGAAGGCCUGUGCCUUGCCUGUGGCCUGUUGCUCUGCCCUGCCCAGAGGACUAGAGCCCCAGACUAUGUUUACUGUCUGCUCCAGCUCGAAGAAUGUAGCGAAAGACUGCUCCUUGCUCUCCCCACCCAGAGGGUCAAGGCAAUAGAUUGUAGAUUGCUGCCUGCCUCAGCAAGGAGGCUGGGCAAUAAAUAGACUGUGUGCUGUUUUGUCCUGACCAGAGGGCCAGAGCCCUAUCCUUCUUAAUGACUGCUUUCUGUGUGACAUAGUGAGGCAGAGUGGCCUCCCUCCAAGCCUGACAGGGAGGGACAACCACAGAACCACCGCAAUGAGAAAACUGGGUUCUAAGUAUUAUCAGUGAUGGCGUACACAAACACAUACACACGGAGAGAUCUGGAUUACGUACAAUUUAGAUGUCAGAUAUAGUGAAACCUGGUGUAAUGGGCUGUCCACCCCACCCUGCACAAGAGUGGAAGUGGUUAAUGGAGGCCAGAUGGGCCAGUUAAUCUAGUAGAUUGAACGCCAAAAGGAAAGCCCUGAUUAGCGGAACAGGCUUAUCUGUGAAGGAACAGGCGGGGCCUGUAUAAAGCCAGGUCACUGUCUACAGAUGGGUGGUGGUUGCUGGGACAGUUCUGCUGGGAAGUAGGCUGCAGUCAUUCUGUGAGUGGAGGGAGUUGGGAGGCUGGGAAACCCAGAGAUGGGGGAAGCCAGAUAAGUAGGAAGAAUCCCAGGGAAACAGCAGCAAGAGGUAGGACUGUAAGGGACCGUGGUUGCUUGUUAUAGAGUCCCUGAGCUGGAACCGAGUGUAGAGGGUGGACCUGGGUUCCCCUAGCAGCCACUGGGAAGUGGAAAGGGCAUUGGAGACGCCAGCUAGCCAGUGGGUCUGGAAGGACUUUGAAUUCCCUGGAAGGGGAGGAUCUUAGUGACCCAGCCGCAAGGCCAAGCCACCAAGAGGAGACUGCAGUCCCUGGAGUGCGAGGUGUAGAGCUGAAGAAUGAAAUUGUUUCUUUUCUUUAAUUACUAUUAUUAAUAUGACUUUAUUUUGUGAACAAACAGAACUUCACUGUUUUAACAUUGUAACUCCUGUUUGCCUCCCAACAUUGUAAACUGUUCAUUACACUUGUUUUAAUAAGAUUCCAUAUUGUAACUAAAACUCCAUUUUGAAAUGCUUACUCCAUUUUGCAAAACCCCGUUGUAACCUUAUUAACUUAGUUCAGAUGUGUGAAUGAGGUACGCAUGGAUAAUGGAAUCAACCUCCAGCCCCGGCCUGUCCUGAUAAAGUUAAGUGCAAACACCAAGGGCUGAAGAUAACAGCCCUGACAAAGUGAAAAGAGUCCACCCCAAAAGAAAAGAACAAAGGUGCAAUUGAAACAAGAUCAAAGUCAGGUCCGAGGCUGAAAGUCACGUCUGCAAUUGAUGAGUUAUCAAUCACACCGAACCCAGAGGCAGCGUGACACAGCAAGACCUAUCGACUCUUGAUUCAAACUAAAAGCCUAUAAAAAAGAUGGGUAAGAUGGAAGACUUUGGGUAAUGUUCUGCUGCCAACAUCGAGGGGCAUCGGUGCAUGCCUGACAGAGACCCAGCCCUUCCUCGUGCCCGGCUUUCCUGGCCAGUUAGCCGCCACGAGCUACGAACCCAAGCUGCGAAAUCAAGCCAUGGACUCAAGCUACAUUCAGGACUGGUAACUAUCCAGCAGCUGCAGAACAUUUGAUGUGUGUGUAUAGGUAUUAGGUAUUAGCUAUUGGUUAUAGAUCAAAUUGUGUUAGCAUAAUAAACGUGGCAUCUUGCCUUAUCCCCUGAAA